AUGCCGGUGGCAGGUGUGAAGAGGCAGAUCAAGAAGGCCAAGCGCGUCGAGACAGGCGACGGCGGCUCGGGGCUGCGCCGCGCCAAGACCGUGGAGCAGACCUACCAGAAGAAGACCCCCGUGGAGCACAUCCUCCUGCGUCCGGACACGUACGUCGGUUCCGUGGAGAAACAAGACGACAACCUGUGGAUCUGGAACAGCCAGAAGGAGGAGAUGGACUACCGCAGUAUCACAUAUGUGCCGGCCCUCUACAAGAUUUUCGACGAGAUAUUGGUGAAUUCAGCUGACAAUCUGCAGCGGGACAAGACCAUGAAUUACAUCAAGGUUGAGAUCGACACGAAACAGAAACGCAUCAAAGUCACCAACAAUGGCAAAGGCCUGCCUAUUGCAAUUCACAAGGAGCACAAGGUAUAUGUGCCAGAGCUUGUGUUCGGGCAUUUGCUCACCAGCGACAAUUACGAUGACACGGAGAAGAAGGUGACAGGCGGCCGUAAUGGUUUCGGCGCCAAGCUCACAAACAUCUUCAGUACCCGUUUCAUCGUGGAGACCGCUGGGGGCGGCAAGCGCUACUCGCAGAAGUGGACCAGCAACAUGAGCAGGAAGGAGAAGCCAGAUAUCAAGAAGUACACCGGCGAGCCGUUCACAAGCGUAGAGUUCUGGCCCGACCUGCCAAAGUUCGGCAUGUCCGAACUGGAGGAGGACACCGUUGCGCUCAUGCGCAGGCGCGUCUACGACAUGGCAGGCACAAGCGGCGAGCGCUGCGCCGUGUUCCUUGACGGCAAGAAGUUGUCGGUCAAGAGCUUCGUGGACUACGCGGCGCUCUUCCACUCGGCGGACACCUACGUGCACGCGAAGGUGGGCAAGCGCUGGGAGCUGGUGGUGGCCAAGUCGGACGGAGAGGGGUUCCAGCACAACUCCUUCGUCAACGCCAUCAGCACCCCGAAGGGGGGUACCCACGUGGCCCACGUGGUGGACCAGCUCGUGGAUGCCAUCCAGGCCAAGGCCAAAAAGGAGGCGGGCAAGGGCACGGAGAUAAAGCCUGUGCACGUCAAGAACCAGCUUUGGGUGUUCAUCAAUUGUCUCAUUGAGAACCCAGCCUUCAGCUCGCAGACCAAGGAGCAGAUGACGCUGAAGGUGUCCAAUUUCGGCAGCAACUGCCCCAUUAGCAAGGCCGUUGUGGACGAGAUCGUAGAGAAAACCGACGUCGUGGCUGCUGUGAUAGCGGAGUCCCAGGCCAAGAUGACGGCGCAGAUGGACAAGAUGGGGAAGGCGGGCGCGCGCGGCAAACGGGUGCUCGGGAUCCCGAAGCUGGAGGACGCCAAUGACGCCGGCGGCAAGCACGCGGGCGAUUGCACCCUCAUCUUGACAGAGGGGGACAGCGCCAAGGCGCUGGCCGUCGCUGGCCUGGCCGUGAUUGGGCGUGACAGGUACGGCGUAUUCCCUUUGCGCGGGAAGCUACUGAACGUAAGGGAUGUGUCUCAGAAGCAAGUUGCCGAGAAUAAGGAGAUCAUGGCCAUCGUCAAGAUCCUUGGUCUCAGCUUUGGCCAGAAAGGCGACCAGAAGAAAAUGCGGUACGGAUCCGUGAUGAUCAUGGCAGAUCAAGAUUACGAUGGGUCCCAUAUCAAGGGUUUACUGAUCAACUUUUUCCAUUUUUGGUGGCCCGACCUCCUGAAGGAGGGUGGCUUCGUGAAGGAGUUCGUGACGCCAAUUGUCAAGUGCACCAAAGGUCCCAACGUCAAGACGUUCUUCACACAGAACGAGUACGAGGAGUGGAAGAAAGAGCACGAAGGAGAGCCUGGUUGGCAGAUCAAGUACUACAAAGGCUUGGGUACGAGCACUGCUGCUGAAGCCAAGGAGUACUUCAAGGCCAUGGAGGAGCACCGUCUUGACUUCGAGUGGAAGUCCACAAAGGAUGGCGAGCUAAUCGACAUGGCUUUCAGCAAAACGCGUGCAGAUGACCGAAAGUCGUGGAUGAACAACUACGAGGAAGGAUCCUACGUGGAUCACUCCCAACCAACCCUGACGUACCAGGACUUUGUGAACUUCGAGUUGGUGCAGUUCUCCAAGUACAGCGUCAUGCGCAGCGUGCCUUCGGUGAUGGACGGCUUCAAGCCCACGCAGCGCAAAGUGUUAUUUUGCUGCUUCAAGCGCAACAUGCGAAGCGAUGUCAAGGUCGCACAGCUCGUGGGCUACGUCGGGGAGCACAGUGCGUACCACCACGGAGAGGCGUCCCUCGCCGGCACCAUCAUCUCCAUGGCCCAAGAUUUCGUCGGCUCGAACAACCUCAACUUGCUCGUGCCCUCUGGCCAGUUCGGCACUCGCCUGCAAGGCGGGAGCGACCACGCCAGCGCGAGGUACAUCUACACGCGGCUGUCGCCCUUCACGCGGCUCAUCUUCUCGCCCCUCGACGACGCAGUCCUCAACUACCUCAACGAGGACGGGCAGCGGAUCGAGCCGUCCUUCUACGUGCCCGUCCUCCCCAUGGUGCUGGUGAACGGGGCCUCGGGCAUCGGGACAGGGUGGAGCACCGACAUCCCGAACUACGACCCCCUCGCGAUCAUCGAGAAUCUGAGGCUGUGGAUCGGCAAGAAGAAGAUGAAGCCCAUGAAGCCGUGGUUCAGGGGUUUCACCGGCACCAUCGAGCACCUCGGCAAGGGAUCGCACUACAGCUGGGGCAAAUACUGGGAGAACGACCAGGGGCUGGAGAUCACGGAACUGCCGAUCCGCAAGUGGACCCAGGACUACAAGGAGUUCUUGCAGACCAUGUUGCCCGGAGCCGAGUCCAAGUCCAAGAUAUCGGUGCAGGACAUCCGCGAGCACCACACGGAGAAGAAGGUCCACUUCACAGUGAAGAUGACCCCAGAGCAGUUAAAGAGUGUCAAGGAGGCUGGUGUUGAGCACUCGUUCAAGUUGUGGGGCAGCGUCAACGAGACCAACAUGGUUUUGUUUGAUUCAGAGGGAAAGAUCGCGAAGUACAAAAACGCCCUCGAAAUUAUGGAAGAAUUCGCGGGGGUACGAUUGAAGUACUACGACUUGCGGAAGAAGUACCUUAUCGACAAGUUGACGUUGGAGAGGGAUCUUCUGAAUAAUCGUGCGCGCUUCAUCGCCAUGAUCAUCGCCAAGAAAUUGCACAUCAAUAACCGUAAGAAGGCAGAUGUCGUGAAGGACCUAAUCAAGUUCAAAUUCAUGAAGUUCGGGGACACCAAGCCGCCGAGAACAGGCUUCGAGUAUCUGCUCAUCAUGCAGAUUGCCUCGCUCACAAAGGAGAGGAAAGAAGAGCUGGAGAAGAUGGCGAAGGAGAAGGCCGCCGAGCUCGAGAAGGUGAAGCGCACCUCCAUUCAAGCCAUGUGGCUCGAGGACCUGAAGAACCUGGAGGCCGCCAUUCGCCAGCUCUACGAGUCGGACAAGGAUGACGAUGAGAACGAUAAGUCCAGGAAGGGUACCAAGCGCAAGGCCCCAGAGGCGACGACCGCCAAGAGGAAGGAAAAAUCUGGCGCCGAGAAGGACGAGCCCGGCGGCGAUGCUGACGACGAAGAGGUGGCGAACGCGGUCGCCGACCCGCUUGACAACCCGUUCGGCGACAUCGCGCGCUGGACGUCGGGUGCCCUCAAGGCGGCCACCGACGCGGGUGCCCCCAUGAAGAGGCGCCGCACCAAGUGA